AUGUCGAAGCGGCCUCCACAUGCGACGUACGUCGAGGUCCCGACGCCGGAAUCCUCACGUCUCCAGUCGGCCACGACGCCUUCACGUUCUGUUAGUUUUCGAAUUAUUAUAAGAGAACUUUUUUUAUUAUCGAUUUCGAAAUUUUUCUGCAGGUUGUUCUAAGCUUUUGAAGCGUUUUAGUCGACAAAUUUUUUAAUAAUCCACGAUUUUAAAGUAGAUUUUAGCCAGUUUGUAGGACCUUCUGAGACAGAAAAAAUUACGCAGGGUAACAUAAAUGAGUUUAAAGCAGGUAAGCUUACAAGCUUUGCAAGCUGGAAGUUAUAGAUAAAAAAAAAUUGAAAUUUUUCUUUUUGAAAACUCCUUUACGUCAUCGCAUUCACGCUGUGAAAGCUCUCAUAGCCUCUGAUUCUUUGACAAAACGUCUUUUUUUUAAACUUCUGCUUCACCGUCGAAUUUUGACUCUCCAAAGCUCGCAAACGGUAAAAAUCAAGUAAAAGGGCGUUUAUUGAAAAUUUCGAAUCGUUGAAACACGACCAAAAUGGCAGAUUUCGAGAACUCUCUUCUUAUUCUGUAGUUAGGAGGUUCUAAACUUCUCUCAAGUUUCAGAAAAUGUUCAACCACUCGCUAAAAAAAACAGCCCUCGUUAGUUAUUUCGAAUUUAUACGAUUAUCCACCUUUUUUGUAUAUUUGUUGCUGAUUGGAGAGAGAAAUAAAAGUACCCGCAGAUCUUCCUUAUUAUUUUUCUUAAAAGGAAAGUUUACAUGCUCUUUGUAAAAGAUAUAUUCGAUUUUUUUCUUUUUCAGAAACAUGAAGAACAAAGUUCGACGGGUCCUUCCCAUCCUCCUCUCAUCCGGGAGACCAGCCAGUUCGUUUCUUUUUUUUUCAUUCAAAAAUCAACUUUUCGAAGAGAAAAAUCAUAUUUUUUUAUUUAAAUUACUGAAAAAUCUAGAGUUAUUCUAAAUAGUGCAGAUGAUAUUUUUUUUGUUCUCAAUUUUUGAUUCGAGUUUUUGAAGCUUGGGCAGGUUUUUUAAUGCUUUCAGAAACUUGAUACCAUCCAUUUGAUGGAAUGGAAAUUUUUUUCACUGCGAAAAAUUCUUCUUAAGUGUCCUUUUUUUUAAAAAAAGCCCAUUUUUCGUUUUGUUAAGAAUACUAUUAACGUUCAAUAUUGAAUUUAUAGUUUAGUUUAAUACAUUUUUCUUUAAAAGAUCAUUAUUCUAGAAUUCGUGCACCAUUCAAUAGUUUCACGGGGUCAUAAACCUAAUUUAGCGAUAAAAAUUCGGCUUUUUUUCAGUAUUAUCUUAGUUUUCAGUAUUGGUAGUGCGAAUUGGUCUAAAAAAAUGUUAUUUAAUUUUUUUGAAAUUUGCUUUUCGAUCGAGAUUUCAUUCUGCUCUUAUUUUUUUGUUUUACUGAUUGAAUUUUUAUUUUCAAAGAGAAAAUCACUAUUAAAGGAUCCGUGCGGCGUUCAACAGCUUCACGGGCUUGGGGGACGACGAAAGUGCGUUUGAAGAACGCCAAAAAUGGAACCAAAGACGACUUCGGCGCAUUUCCAACAAGUACAACUGCAAGCUCGACGAGCUCUCCAAAGAGUGUAAGUUUUUGAAUUUUAACUGCUAUAUUUCACCAAUUUCCUACGUGGACGAUUUAGUAAUCUUUAGAAGUUUUUGAUUUUCGUAGUUUCGCCUAGAAGUUGAUUUAAUAUAUCUUUCAUCUUGGAAGGGGAAAAUUCUGUAAUUUUUUGAAAGGUAGAAAACAUGAUUUUUUUUUUGUAAAAAAAACUGAAUGAAGGGAAAAAAAGGGUGAAUCUCUCUUAAAAGAAUUCGAAAGGCAUUUGGAAUGAACUAUGAGGGCAUUUUAAAGUUACUUAAAAUCGAAGUGAAAAGCUGAGGCUUUAUAAUACUAGCCCACAAGGAAGGUCAUUUUACUUUGUGGUUGGAAAUUCCCUGAAAGUUGGCCAGAACACUUUUUAAGGUACCAGAAGAAGAUUCUCAAAGUCUCAACCUGCAUAAUUUUAUAGUUUUCAAGAAAUAAGGGCUCAAAUCCUCGAAAUGGCCCAUUUUAACGGAUUUCUUGGGGUUCUUUGACUUUGUGAUGGUCUUUCUAAAAACUAGGUAGUUUUGCAGGUUGAGACUUUUGGGUUUUCUACCUAGUACCUCAAGGAGUUUUCUGGUCAAUUUUCAAGAAAGUCCCAAUUGCAAAGUGAAAUUACCUUUCUUGUCAGUAGAGGGAGCUCUGGUUUUGAUCUAAAAAGGUAGAAGAUUCAGCAAAAAAGGAUGAAAUGUUUGAAGCAGCUUGACUUUUUCGCAUGCAGAAGUUAAAAGAGCUCCAGAAUUUCAAAAAAAUAUUAGAAAUUUUACAUAACUCACCUAAAGAAGCCUUCAACUCAAGAAAGUUGAAAAAGCUCAAUCUCUUUUCAAUCUCGAAAAUUUCGGAAGCCCUAGAGCUCGGAAAACGUUAUACUAUCCGUAUUCCUUAAAAAGAAAAACCGAUUUUUCAGAAAAAAAAACCUUUUUUCAAUGGUUUAGGCAAUAGAACAACAGAGAAUAAUUUGAAACCUUCCAGUGUGAUUUUCUGCAAAGAACUUGGUUAAAUAGGAUCUCUUUCUGUCGUUAUUAGACGAAAAAUUGUACAAGUUAUUAUUGAAACAUUUGCUAUUGAGCUCGAUAUUGCGUAAUAGUUCAGUAGAGGUGUGUUUAAACUUUUCUCAAAAAAAAGCCCUAGAAAAGGAAAAAAAAAUGGCAGAGUUUCCCAUGAACUGGAUAGAAAAUGAGAAGGAAAUUUAAAAAGAAAAAUGCUAGGAAUGCCCAAAAAAGCAGUCAAGAAUGGGAAAAACAAGAAGCUCCGCCCCUCGGAUCCGCCGGUGCCAGCCGUUGUUUCGAAAUAUUUCGCGUCGGCCUCCCGGGGCUUGACCGGUUCUUGUCCUUGACGGUUUUUUUAAACAAUCUUUUCGAAAUUUAUUCUUCCUAGGUUGCUUAUCUCCCCUGGUCAGUUGUUUUACGGGGGAAAGUUAGUGAGUGAAGCAAUUUUUUUUAUCAAGUUCCCCGUUUCGCACCUCGUUUAUCACGGUUAUCGAAAUUUAUUGUCUUCUCGAAUUUUUGAGUAAGAUCUUCCUUUAAACUUGUUCUCUGUAGAUCUCUCAAAACGAAAAUCAAUUAUAUUGACAAUGUGGGAAAGUUUCGAAGUUUUUCAGUCAUGAUAAAGAAUUUUAAAUAUAUAAAAAUAAAAAGGUAGAGGUCUCUAGUUGGUUUGAAAAAAAUAGUUUUUGGAGGUUUCUUUUUGUCGAAAAAAAAAAUCAAUUGUAAAACCUGAAAAGCUAAUUUAAAUUAUUUUUUUCAUAGUGAAUUCCGGCGAUCAGCGAGGAGGUUCUGCCACUGUCGCCGGAACGCCAAUGUCCGUUAUCGGAACGCCUGCCGUUUUCGAUCCGUUUCAUUCUGUUGAAUCGGGGGUAGGUUUUCAUAGUAGCAAAUAUGAAGGAUAUGAAAGGAACAGGAAAGAAAAUUUCAAGAAUUAAGUUUCAAUGUAAUCUGAAUUAAAAUUCUGGUGGCUCAAUCAGCACGACCUCUAAUUUUUUGCACAAUGAGCAGCUUCAACGUCAAAUUUGACUUCAAAUGAUGCUUUGGGCUUAAGUUUAGAGAAAUUUUCGAACUUAAAAAAAUGGCCAUGAAAAAAGUGCACAUUUUCAAGGUGACUCCAACCAUCCGAGGUUUUUUCAAUGCGCGGAGCACGCGAGGCAGCUUCGCAGUCCCUCAAACUCCCUUGCAACGAUCCAUGGCCUCCGCCGGCAACGUUCAUCGGUUUCCGGCCACUCCAGGCGUAGCUCCGGAGUCAUCCACGACUUUUGGCUCUUUUCAACAGGUAAUUGAGAAUAAAAUGAAUAAAAAAAGUUUUGGUAAAGCGAAAAAGCAGUAGCCGACAUGAAGGAAAUAAUUUUGGUAGUGGUAAUUAGACGCAAAACAGCAAGAAACAUGAGCGCUUUUAGGUCAAAAGUUUUGAAGAUUCUCAAAUUUUUCGAAACUGAUCUUUUCCUAUCAAAUCGGGCACCAUUAGAAAAAAAAUUUCCUCUCUCGAUCGAUACCUUUUUGGUUUUUGUAGGAGCAAUAGGAACUGAGAAAUAUAAUUUAAUUGUGUAGACCAUUUUUGUCAAGAUUUUAAACAGUCUGACGUGUCUGCGCUCUCUCUUUGAUUGGCUAGGUAACAAUAGGAGCGUAAAAAGAGAAUGUUAACAAGAGAGAGAGCAGAGAAGCUAGACUUUUAACUCGUAACGAAUGAAAGAUGACUUUUCAGGAGCCCAGGAUGUCUGGAAGAACGCCGAAGCGGCAAGAUUCCGUUCCAAAGAUCUUCUUCGAAUCAUUCUCCGCGUUUUUGAAAACGUAGUUUUCCUAUCUAUUUUUUCGAAUCUUCGAUUUCGAACUUUGAAGAGGGAGUGUGACGCCGCAACGGAGACGCCCGCCGCCCCUGACUUCUCGGAGUUCUUUCGACAUCGAGCAGAUCAACGAACGGGAGUUCAUGCAAGAAGACGUCCUGGAUCGGCUCGCCGAAGAGAAUUCGCCGUCUGGAAUCGUCUUCCGCAUGUCCGAGACACAGCCGAGGACCGCUGGCGAGCAGAUUGCCUUGGUUCAGUUGGGACAGAGGGACCCGAGCUCUUCUGGAAGUCUGGGUCCGUUUUUGGCUACUAGCUAGAAUUGUAGAAAAACUGUUACGAGUCCCGAAGCACGACUUGUUUUUCCACUGUAUUGAUUUAUAUAUUAUUAAUUUGGUCGUACAGAACUACUAGAAAAAUAUAUGGCGGUCAAAAUUCGUCAACUUUUUCGUUCUUUGAUAUUUUUUUCCUCAAAAUUCUUUUUUUUUUUUGACCAUCUUUUUUAACACAACAUAGCCAAAUUCUAGCUUUUUUCAGGCCUUUUUAAAAAUUAGGUAACUUUGAACCAAAAUUUCGGCCGCCACUGUGAAUUAUAGUGGCUUUUUCAUAGCGAAAUUUGGCUUUUUGAUGAAUUUUUGACGUUUUCGUUUUUGAUCCCCUGCAGAAUCGAUCGCGAAAGUUCUCCUGUUCCCAUAUAUUUUUGGUGCUCAGAGGAAUCACUUCGAAAUUCUUAAAAAGAGGAGAUCAAUCUGAAACAAAUGAAUCUAAGUCUUAUUGAUUAUUUCUUUCCUCUUUUUUCGAAAAAAAUUUAUCGAAUCGUUCCAGACCAGACUGGCAAAUCAUCAAUGGCGGCUUCUUCGCGAUUCAGAACGACAAUUGAAGGCGUUCCUACGGAAAGUGUCAUUACGGAGGAGACUUCUUUCGAACUCGACGAGGAUGAGAGAGAUGGUGCCUUUUCCAUUUCCAUUGCAAAAAAAAUAAAAAGAAAGAAAAACUGAUUUGCACGAUAUCACUUUUGAUAUGAUUGUCGUUGGUAGAAGUCCAUCAAGUGAGGGGUUAUUUAAUCAAGCUUCGACUUUUUGCGAUUAAUUAUCACGCUUUUUCUGGGUUUCUCUAGGGCUUUUCAAAAGAAGUGGAAUAAAGGAUAUUUUUCCGGAUUUUUAUCACUAUGUGAUCCCGGCUGAAGUUCGGCAGGAGCUCUUUUUUUGAUUUUUUCAAAAUCGAAAUAUCUUCAAAAGUCUCCAUGAAAGCCGUACAAUUCACAAAGACGAAACGGCGCUUUAGAUUUUUAAUUACGUCCUUUCUUUAAUUUCUUCCUUAAUUCGUAUAUCCUGCGUUCCUCUUACUGUUGUUCUUUAAGAUUUAUUCAAAUGACAAUUUUUUUUUUCUUCCAAUAAAAUUCCGUUAUGAAGAUAGACACUGACGAAACCCAUAAAAAAUUGAGAGAUUUGACCCGAUAACCUCCCAAAAUUCGAUCACUGAUUUAUUCGUUGUAUCAAGAAUGAUUUUCAAGCGCCCGGCCCUUCCUCGUCUUCCUGGUCGUCGAGGUCGGGCGGCCGGCGUGGCCGUCGCCCUCACCGAUUUCCCGUGAGUCAGCCGAUUUUCGACGAUUCCUCCAUGUCCGCCACCGCCGCACUCGAGCCCCUGAUUGAGGAGGUUUACCUCGUUUUCGAAUCAAUUCGGGACUCGGUUCUAAUGCUUGCGGGCUUUAUACACUAACAAGAAAGAGAGAAAAAGAGGCCUGAAGAGGUGUCAGAGAAAGAGAAACUACUAGCUUCUUUGCCGCCUCUUCAGGCUUUGAAGCUUUUCAGUUCAAUUUAUGAAAGCUCAAAAUAAGUGAGAACGAGAGAACAGAAGCGGCCUGAAGAGAAGACAGAGAAGCAGAGAAUUCGAAGAACUAUCUCGUCUUUCCAACCGCCCUCGAUCUCUCGUUUUCACUUUGAAUUUUUUUCAGCUUCGUCAUCUACUAACUUUUUUCUCUCUGUCGGCUAACUUUUGUCUAUUUUUGAUUGAAAAGCUAAUUUUUUCGUCCUCAAUAGAAUAUUGGCAUUUUGCACAAAAUUUGAAUAGCUUGAGCGAUUGACUCGUUUAUAAUGUAAGUGGGAAGGUUCUAAAAAUUGCGAUCUUUCAUCAUCAAACAUAUCUUUUCUUUUUGCAUCAUAGGAUCAAUUUUUUUAGAAAGUUGCAAAUAUGACUUGAAAGACGAGAUAUAUUCAAACGUGAGUUUUUGUUUUGUAUUAGGAAAGAGCACGAUCCUCGAAAUCACGCCGGUUUUGCCACUUUGUUAUUAUUUUUCUGUUUCUUUGGUUCUUGUUUGGAUUGAUUCUUAUUUUUUACUCGGAAUAUCCUACCUGUCUUCAAAACAAGGCUUUCAGAAAGAAAGGCCCAGCGAAGAAGAUGAAGGGAAAUCUUCGAGGAUACCCCAUUCCAAGUCCCAACCGGCCUCCAUUCAACGUUACAAAACCUUUGACGAAGACAUCAGGAGGCCGAGCGAUUUGAUGCAGGGAUCCACUCUUCUGGUUCAUUUUUUAAGCGUUUUUGAGCGGAAGUUGUUUUUAAUCUUAUUCAAACGCAAAAUUAUACUUCUAGUUGAGUUUUUUUUUUUUGAGUUCAAUAGGCUAUUCAGGACGUUGCGCUUACCUUAAACCAAUGCUAUUUGCCAGAAAACUCACUUCAGCGCGUCCGACUUGAAGCUACUUUCGCUUUAUUAAGGAGUAGAGUAGCCAUAAGUUGAGCACAAUGCGACCGCAUCGCUUUGAGUCAUUCCAAAGAAAUAACACAGAAAAGACCUUUUUGAAGUAGGGUUUUAUGAAGAAUCCUUCCCUUUUUCAGUACUUCUCGAUAUUUCCAAUUCUUCCAGGAACAUUCCAAGUCCCUGCCGCAAGGUUUUCCCGGCCGUGAGAUCCCCGAAACUCGAGCUCCGGCCAGUGCUGUCGAAGCUAUGGAAGCUCAGUCGGCGGAGCAGGACUUCAAGACCAAGAUCCUCCGGCCCUUCAAGUCGUUCAAGAGAACCUUGAGCCGGAAGAAGACGUCUGCCGAUGGUGGAAAGGGAGUUCAUGAGAAUCCCGGUGUGCCUCCAACGCCCCAGCCGACGUCGAAGCAUCACAAGGUAUUCAAGAAGGGCUCUUACCUAUAUGUCGCUUCAUUUUGAUUGAGAGUGUCUCAUGAUCAGUGUCUGAUAACCUCUGUGAAAAAAACUUAAUUUUUUCAAUUUUAUAGUACACUCUCAACCUUAUAUGACAGUACAGUAAUACUCAAAAUUAGUGGAAAACGGUGGUUUUUAGCAUUUUUAACGGAAAUAGGUACCCAUAAAAGCAAGAAUAAUUUCAUAUUUGGUUGAAAGAAUGGUGAUUUGAGUUCUAUCCUCCUCAUUCUUGAAACUUCGGGAAUCAAAAUAAAAAUAAUGAACUAAAGAGAUGAGAAUCGUUUUCGCAGGUGAUGUCGUCGAAAACAGUCUCGGUGAACGAAGAAAUGUUCUUCGACAAAGUUCCGCCGACGCCGGCGAAACCAAUGCGGAUCAGCCUGAUGCCGCAGGAAGUCGACGCCUACCAUCCGGACGCGGCAUCGCCUCCAAGGACGCCCUUCGUCUUCGACGUCGUCCCAGAUGACGUCCCGUCCAUCGAUGGGGCUCCCCUCGCCGCGCAGCCUUUUGCGAUGAGCGAUGUCGCAGGAAUUUCGAGAAUCGGUAACGAUAAAGCUCUGUUUGAAAGAAAAUAAGAGAAAAAUGACUAGUUUUUCGAUCGACGUUUCCGUCUUUGAUGACCUCAGAAAGAAAUUUGCUAAGAUGGAUAUUAAACUGCGAAUAUACAGGUGAAGAAAUGAUGAAUUAGACAUUUCCCAGUCACACUCGUUUUUUUCUCAAUUGAAGUAACCUCACGUCUUGCUGUUUAUCCAGUCGUUUUAUUUUCAAUUAGUCCCGAUUUUUAACGAAGAAUAGAACUUACCAAUCGAAAACCUGUAAAAUACAGAAGAAUGAAAAAUUUGUUUGAACUGCACCAGAAGGCCUCACAGGGAAUUUCGAUUUUAGCUUUUGAAUUUUGUUUUCCUUUUUUCCAGCCCUCGGAGAUGCUCACAUCGUCAGAGCUCAGCGAGCAAGACUUGGUCCUCAUCCGAUUGCGCCUUCAGUUGGAGAACCCGACCGGCCAACUUCUCAGACUGUACGUGGUUUUCUUAAGAAUUGGAAACUAAGAAUAAUUCGAAAUAUUCCUAAAUAAUGAACAAAAAAACAACUUUUUAUUCCGUUAUUUUGAAUGUAACCUCUAUAGAAAAAAUUUCUUCAUGUUUUGGCUUUAGUCGAGUUUUGUGACUUUGGGACCGAAAAGUUGUAUUUGCCGCCGUUGAGGCAUUGUAAAUCGACUAAAAACCAGAAGCAAUGGGAUUUCUUAGGAUGGAGAUUGAAUGCUUCACAGUAUAUCUCAGCUCAGAAAAUCUGAUCCUCAUGCUCUUUUUUCAAGAUUGAUUCAACCGCGACCCGAAAAAUGCUCCAGCGACAAAAAUCAAUCGACCGAUCGGCUUUUUUGGAAGCUCACAUGGAUCGUUUUGCCAUGGUUUUCCUGAAUUCUGAGGUCAUAGGUCAAUUUUUUUGAUGAUAUAGGCUGUCCAAAAGCAUAACCCCGAGCAAAGGCAACAUCGAAAAAAAGCCAGGAUCCGAGGGAUCGGAAGACUUGGCCGAUGUAUCGGCCGAAACCUCCAAAAGUCCAAAGUGUCCAGACUGCCCGAAAAUCUCCGAAAUCGUAUCGAGGAGGGCGAGGACGAAAGGUUCGAAGUUUGGCGGAAAAUCGAGAAUUUUAGAGCAGAAAGAAAGAUAUGAAAAGUCGAAUAGAUGGGAAUUUAGUUUCUAAAAGAGCGAUUUCAAGCAGAUGUUCAGAGUCGUCUGAAAAUUGUCUUACCUGAAAUAAACCUUCAAGAUUUUUACCGUUUGAAUGCUUUUGACUUCAUAAUCUAUAGUGUAAUCUGCGCACAAGGUCACGUUUCGGAAAUAUGGACUACCGUAAUCAAAGCUAUUUUUACGCUCUCGCGACGAGACCCUUAAAGAACUGCAAAAAUGGUCUCGAAACGAAGUUUAUACGGUUUUCUUGACAGAAAAAGCUGGCGAGAAAUGUACAGCAUAGUAAAAUCAUGUGUUUAAAAAUAAAAAGCUCCAAAAAAUUUCGAAUCCAACUGUUAAAUAAAUACUCCAGAAUGGCCAGUAGAAAAUUGAUUUUGAAAUACUUAUACCAUCUUGUUGAGUUUCUAUUUUUAAGUCAUCAGAUAUAUUUCCAAAUAACCCAGCAUGGAAUUUUUCUAGAAUGGUCUUUAGGCUAGAAAAAGUCCUUUCGGGAAAUUAUUUUCAACACGAGGUUUUUUUUUCCAGAGUGUUUUUCACGUAUUGGGUAACGACGAUCCAGAUCUUGGUGUGUCUAAUGUCCAUUCUGUUCUACGGACUCGGACCUUUCGGCCUGGAUCGGGUCGAAAAACACGGAGAAGUGAUGGACACGACGUUGACCUACCGGCGCGUCAGCUUCCAUGAACCUGUCCAUUUUUGGAUGGGCCCCAAUUUUGUAUGUUUUCCCUUCGAAAAAGUCUUCAUUUUUGCCCUCCUAGGCUGAUCUAAUCCGUCUUGGCGCCAAAUACUCGCCUUGUAUGCGCCGGGAAAGAAAUCUCUGGAAAGUCAUUGAGGAGGUUCGAGAUAUUCAAACAACAAAAGCAAUGAGAUACGUUUUCAUAGGAAAGACAACAGGAGAACAAGACCGGAUGUUGUAUUUAUAACGACAAUUCGGGGUGCUAUCAAACUGGAAAAAAUGCGUGUCCGGUUGGUUUUUUUGUUGUCGGUAAAAAAUAGAAAAGUGGAUCAAAAAAUCGUCAUUUCUAUGUGUUACAUUUAUCAUGUGUCUCUCAGUUUUUUUUUGAAAAUAAAUCUGAAAUUUUAGAUUUGAAUCGUGUUUUCCUUUUUAAGUAAGCUUCAAGAGAAAUGCUCUGAUACACAUUUUUAUUUUUCAAUAUUUUACGACUGAUUUUUUUUGUCUUUUGUAAAGUUAAAAUUCUAAAUUCAAGAUUUUAAACGAGAAAUUAUUCUUUAUUGAAAUAAUGGGUCCUUUAAAAAAAUGGUAGCCAUUUAUUUAAAAAGCCAAUCAUAGCGAGAAAAAAAUAAAUAAUAUUGAAUUAAUUGGUGUAUUCAAAAUGCAUUUCCAUGAAAACAAGCUUUUUCCAGAGAAGUCUGGCGACUUGGAAUCGUUGGGACCAGAAAGGCGGUCCCCUGGUUCGACGGACCUCUGGCCCCGUUUGUGGACAGGAUCCUGAGUCGGUUUUUUUGUAGCUCAACUUAUUUUUAAAAGUUCCAUCGGAACCAUCAGGCUCCCCCUUAAAGAGAGGAACUUUAUGGUUGGCCCUUUGUUAGGCUCCAAAAAGAAACUAGUCAAAUUUUUUUUUUGUUUUUUCUCACAAAGUGUACAUACUGGUUUGACAAAACUGUAGGCAAAAAAUUCAGAAUUUCCGCGCACAGAUUUUUUGAUAAAUCAGAAAUGUUCAUAAUUUGUUCAGGUACUGUGAUGAGCCUCAAUCUCACGCGCUAUCAGAGUGGCCUGAUGAUUUGACUCAGUGGCCGGUGCGGUUUCAUUCAAGUCGUGUUUCGAAUCGUUAAAAACUUACAGAUUUGCACAAAAACGCGCUCCGGUGGCUUUCUUCCACGUCAUAUGACGUGUCCGGUCGGUUUUUCAUAAUGCUCCCUAUCUCGAAAUUUUUUGGAAGCUUUAUAAAGCAAAAAAUUUUCGGCGUUUUGGUCAGAGAAUUUUGACUUCAUCUUUUUUUUAUGCUGACUCUGAAACUGUGCUUGGAAAGUUGUAGUUCGUGAAGUCUGUUCAAUUUUAUAGUUUCAAGUGAAAUGACGUCAUACAAAAACAUUAUUUCUGAUUGAAUGAUCCGGUAUUCUUGGGCGAAGCUUUAUUUAUGGCUUCAAAUCCAAACUUUGAACAGAAUUUAUGCGAAAUUGUUGAUUUACUCUCUGAAUUCGAACUGCUCCCAUUUUUCUUUGACAGCUCCAAAUGCAACUGUGCAAAAAUGGCAGACCCAAUUCGAAUAGUUUGAAAGUGACAGUCCCAAAUUUAGCUGCGCAAAAAUAGCGAAUCCUUUUUGGGAACGUUGACAGCUACUAUUGAGAAAAGAAACAUUCUGAUCAAUAAUAAUUUAUUUGAAUAAGUUGAAGUUUUCAAAAGCAAAAAUUUCAUCAUCGCCCUUCCAUGUGAAAGUUGAGAACUUUGAUUUUAGGUGACCGGCCGACCGUGUUGCAUCCAAGUUCAAGGUCUUUGUCGAAUCACUACCAAAGAAUACUGUACCUUUGUCCGAGGACAUUACCACGAAAAUGCGACUCUCUGUAGUCAGGUUUCCGCUUUUUUCUUCAUCAAGAGCUACGAAAUCAUAACUAAAAUUGUUUCCAGGUCGACUGUUUGUCGGACGUUUGUGGAAUGCUGCCGUUCUUCAACAAGGAUCAUCCCAAUCAGCUCUAUCGACUUUUCGUUUCUCUCUUCCUUCAUGCGGGGUACAUAUUGACAAAAAAAGUGUAG